AUAACUAACUAACUAUAAAUAUCUCUGUCACUUCCAAGCUUCCUAUCCGUACAACAAUGGAGGAUCCUUCUUCUUCUUCCUCUUCUUUUUUUUCCAAAUCCAAACAAAGGGUUUUUCAAUCAACCCAAAUCUCACUCCUUUUCCUCUUCUUCUUCUUCUGCACCAAUUUCAAACCCAUCGACUCCGCCACUCUACUCACACCCACUCCAUUUCCCAAUUUCGAAUCCGUAUACGAUCAAUACUGCUCCCACAUCGUCCCUCGAAACCCUUCACUCACCCACCGAUUCGAUCCCUCCAUCUCCUCUUCCUCACCUUCUCCAUUCCGAUUAGGUUACUUCAGAGGCGGCGCUCCAUUCCUCAACCAAAACCCAGAUUCCGAUUACUACGGCAGCACCGGCUAUAAAUCUCAAUCUAUAAACUUUUAUCCCUUUAACUCAGUCAAAACCCUAACCGGAGAUGUUUACCAGUUCCAGGCGAAUUUGAAUCUUCGUGACACUUCGGUGAACUCCACGCGCCGCCGUGGGUUGCGUUUGGUCCGAUUUAGGGGACCGAAAUCUGCGAUUCGAAGACGGCUUAGGUUUUCGCUUAGUGGGUAUUGGUCAGAAUCUUCUCGGAAGCUUUGUAUGGUUGGAUCUGGCUCAGCUGCUUUUAGUGGUAAUCUAAACUCUCUUAGUGUUGUUCUUAAACUUGAUUAUCCAAUUAAUGCUAACAAUAUCUAUAAUAGUUUGAUAAUUGGGAGUUUAGAGAGUUUGGAUGGAAGUUUUGAACAGAUUUCUUUAAUGGGUUUUUAUCAAGAACAAGAUUUGAGCUAUGAAUACAAAUUGGUAGGGAAAGAGAAAAAUGGGUGCGAAGAAGGAAUUGGGGAAAGUUUGUCUCUUGAAAACCAAGAUAAAUGUUUUGUUCUUAAUGCGAUUGAUCCAAGGUUUAAAUUUUAUUGUAAUGGUGAUGAUUGUGAUGUUCUUGGUAAGAGUCUUGGAUUUGUACCUACUCAUAUGUUUUAUCACAAGACUAGGUGUUCUACUAAUGAGACUAAAUGGCAAAUGUUGUUGAGUUUUUCUAACUCAACUGUUGAUAGUCCUAGGUUUUCUUUCACACCCAAAUCGAGUUUCAUUGCUGAAGGGGAAUGGAAUGCGAAAGACAAUAGAUUCUGCGGUUUUGGGUGUAGGGUUAUGAAUUUCACAGAGUCUUUUGCUAAUGCUUAUGUUGGGGAUUGUACAGUCGGGUUUAACUUGAGGUUUCCGGCUAGCUUUUCUUUGCGAAAUAGGAGUAGUGUUGUUGGAGAAAUUUGGAACACUACAAGUAUAGCGAAGAAGAUCAAGUUUAGGAGUUUUGAUGAAGAUUUGUUGGGUGUUUUGGGUUACCAAUAUAAGUAUAGUAAUGAGAUUGAUAGUGAGACAUUUGGAAGAACUUGUGGGAAAAAGAAUAUGGUUAAAGGAAGAAAGGGGAAGGCAUACCCGGUUGAGUACUCGUCUGAUAUGAGGUUUGAUAUGUCAAUACGAAACAGGAAAGGGCAAGUUGGUUGGGGUUAUUCGACACCAUUUUAUGUGGAGAAUCAGCUGUAUAGACCAAACCAGUUCUAUAGAGUUCCCACUAACUCACAACAGGUUAUGCAGACUCCGAAAAGUAGCCAAAGCAGCUUAAUGAAUAUAAGCUACAGGAUGAGCUUGACAUUCCCAACUGAUUUCAAGCUCGGUGGUGAGGGUUUUUCAUCGAAUAUGGAAAUAUCUGCUGAAGGAACUUAUGAUAGGGAUACUGGGGUGCUAUGCAUGAGAGGGUGUCGAAAUCUAGCAUCAAAAACUCAGAAUGCAGUUACAAAUCAUACAUUAGAUUGUGAAUUUACAGUUUUCGUUCAGUUUUCUCCUUUGAAAGCAAAUAGUGGCAAAAACAUCAAGGGAAGUAUUGAAAGUAGAAGGAAAAAGUCAGAUCCUUUCUACUUUGAAAGUUUAGAAUUGUCUUCUAAUUCACUUUACUCUGGCCAAGCUGCAGCCUCCAUAUGGAGAAUGGAUCUAGAGAUAACAUUAGUUCUCAUAUCGAAUACACUCACUUGUGUGCUUGUGGGGUUACAGCUCUUUCAUAUAAAAUCGCACCCAAAUGUUGUUCCAUUCAUUUCAAUCGUAAUGCUCGUUCUACUCACCAUGGGAAACAUGAUUCCUCUGCUGUUAAACUUUGAAGCCAUGUUCGUUGCAAAACGCAGCCAACAGAAUGUCUUUCUAGGAAGUGGUGGAUGGCUUGAAGUAAACGAAGUAAUCGUCAGAAUAGUAACCAUGGUAGCCUUCCUUCUACAGCUACGCCUACUCCAACUAACUUGGUCCUCAAGACAAGAAACCGAAAGCAAGAAAACCUUGUGGAACACCGAAACCAAAGUUCUCUACAUCACAUUACCAAUCUACAUUGGUGGGGCAUUCAUAGCAUGGCUUAUCAACCAUUUCAAGAACUCAUAUGGGAUUUCUUCACAACACAGGCACAAAUUCUACGUCGUGUCUCCAAUACAUAGAGAUCGACAUGUACAUUCCCUUUGGGAAGACCUUAAAUCCUAUGCUGGGUUAGCCUUAGACGGCUUCCUACUCCCUCAGAUACUCUUCAACGUGUUCUCAAACUCGGGGGAAAUGGCAUUGUCUCCAUUGUUUUACACAGGAACAACACUGGUUCGUCUUAUGCCUCACGCGUACGAUCUUUACAGAGCUCAUGCUUAUGCUUCAUAUUUGGAUUUGUCUUACAUUUAUGCAAGCCAUAAAAUGGAUUUGUAUUCGACUGCAUGGAACAUUGUCAUCCCAUUUGGUGGUCUGUUGUUAGCUCUUGUCAUUUUCUUGCAGCAGAAAUUUGGUGGUCGUUGCAUUUUGCCCAAAAGAUUUAGACAUAAUAAUAGUUCUUCUGUAUAUGAGAAAGUACCUGUUGUUAUAGGCAAUGAUGAUUUAUGAUUCUUUGUCUUUGUUACAUUUAAACAAAUUCUUAGAUAGAUAUAUAUAUUUAGAAGAGCAUGUACCACAAUUUUCAUCAAAAGAGAGAUCUUGUUGUUUUCUUGUUUC